GUACAAUGUGUGGUUCUGAAUCACUAUUCAAAGGUAACGCGUACCACACACGUGGCGUGUGGGCUACCACAUUCAUCAUAUGAAUUGUGUGAUUGGUAAAAUGUUUCCACCUUUUUAAUGGGUUGAUAGGUGGUAAAUCGGGUACACCAUCCAUAAUCUUUGGUACUGUCUUUGCCCGCCCACUUCGCUUGUCGCUGGACAAUGACGUACGUUUUACUCGCUGUUUACAAUGGCGACCACUUUCUAAAUGAAGGAAAGAUACAUUUACAGUAGCGAACAAAUACCCAGCGAACGGUAGAAAAACCAAGAAGUCUCUUUUGCAAUGUCCAACAGAACAGCAUAUUUUUAUGAUCCGGAUGUGGGGAACUUUCAUUAUGGUGCUGGUCACCCUAUGAAACCCCAUCGUCUCUCGCUGACGCACAGCCUUGUUUUGCACUAUGGCCUCUACAAAAAGAUGCAGGUUUUUAAACCAUACAAAGCCUCACAACAUGACAUGUGCCGAUUCCACUCAGAAGAUUACAUUGACUUUCUGCAGAAGGUCAGCCCCAACAAUAUGCAGGGUUUCACAAAGAGUCUCAACACCUUUAAUGUUGGGGACGACUGGUAACGUGUCCUCUGUCAGCCCUGUAUUCCCAGGCCUGUUUGAGUUCUGCUCCAGGUAUACAGGAGCAUCUCUACAGGGAGCGACACAGCUAAACCACAAGAUAUGUGACAUCGCCAUCAACUGGGCCGGGGGUCUUCAUCAUGCUAAGAAAUUUGAGGCCUCUGGAUUUUGCUAUGUGAAUGACAUUGUCAUCAGUAUACUGGAGCUUCUGAAGUACCACCCGCGUGUGUUGUACAUAGACAUUGACAUUCACCAUGGUGAUGGGGUGCAGGAAGCCUUCUACCUGACUGAUCGGGUCAUGACUGUAUCCUUCCACAAGUACGGGAACUACUUCUUUCCAGGGACAGGUGACAUGUAUGAGGUAGGGGCUGAGAGUGGCCGGUACUAUUGCCUGAACGUGCCUCUCCGGGAUGGGAUCGAUGACCAGAGCUACAGGCAACUCUUUCAGCCAGUCAUCAAGCAAGUGGUGGACUUCUACCAGCCAACCUGUAUCGUUCUUCAGUGUGGGGCUGACUCUCUGGGCUGUGACAGAUUAGGGUGCUUCAACCUCAGUAUACGAGGCCAUGGGGAGUGUGUGGAGUUUGUGAAGAGCUUCAGGAUUCCCCUGCUGGUACUGGGAGGAGGAGGGUACACAGUACGCAACGUGGCCAGAUGCUGGACCUAUGAGACCUCCCUCCUGGUUGAUGAGCCAAUUAGUGAUGAGCUGCCCUAUAGUGAGUACUUUGAGUAUUUUGCCCCAGACUUCACACUCCACCCAGAUGUCAGCACCAGGAUAGAGAACCAGAACUCCCGACAGUACCUGGAGCAGAUCCGUUCGACGGUCUUUGAGAACUUGAAGAUGUUGAACCAUUCCCCCAGUGUCCAGAUCCACGAUGUGCCCUCGGACAUCCUGAGCUACGAGCGCACUGACGAGGGAGACCCAGAUGAGAGGGGUUCAGAGGACAACUAUUCCAGGCCAGAAGCAGCCACUGAGUUCUACGAUGGUGACCAUGACAACGACAAGGAGAGCGAUGUGGAGAUUUGAACGCUCAGAUGUCAGACUUUUCCCCUCUGGUCACUCAUGAUAUUGGGAAACCAUCAAGGCUGCAGUCAGUUGACCAAACUUUACUCAGAGCGAGAGACCAUUUAUUCCUUUUUUUUUUUUACUAUCAUGGAGUAUGUAGAGGACAUUGUCAAGCACUUAAUGUUAUUCCUCACUUUUCGUAAACAGGUGUAGACUAACAGUGAAAUGCUUACUUACAGUGAGUAAUGAUAACAGCUAUAUACACAGGGUACCCGUACCCAGUCUGUGUACAUGUGAGUCAAGGCACAUUCUGAUUCACCUGAAGACAGCCUAGAGGGGCCCAAUACAGCCAGAUUAACAGAGGGCAUGAUUGUGUAAACAUCUGGGCCUUAUUAAUCAGCACAGGAUAAAGAGGAAAAGACUUUCCCUUGGUCCAAAGGGCGUUGACUUAUUUACCCGUUUUCACUUCACACACUGGGAUCAGAGGUCGGUCAUCUGAAUAAGUUAAAAUGUUUAUCUUUUUUUUCAUAAAAUAAAUAGUAAAACUGCA